GUCGCCAACAGUCGAGUCGAUUGGAUGUAGCGUGUUGUAUGUUAAGACGAACGUUACAUUACUUCCUUUCAAUUGUCGGUCAUUCAUCAGUGAUUAUCUCUGGCUCUGAUUUUUCCAAGAAUAAUGUCUCCUUUGGAAAAAGCACGCAAGUGUAAGAACAUAGGAAAUGAAUAUUUCAAAGAGAGAAAAUAUCAUGAAGCUAUUGUUGAAUAUAGUAAAGCAAUCGACAUUUGUCCGAGAAGAAAAGCGACCUUGCAGGACCUCGCAAUUUUUUAUCAAAAUAGAGCGGCUGCGAAUGAGCAAUUGAAAAAAUAUAGUGAUGUAAAGGCAGAUUGUACAAAAGCGUUAGAAUUAAAUCCAAAGUAUAUGAAAGCUUUGCUACGUCGGGCACGUGCUUCAGAGCAAUUAGAAGACUUGGAAGCCGCUUUGGACGAUUUGACUACCGCACGGAUUUACGAACAUUCUUCUAUUCAAGCUACCAAUGCAAUUACCAUGGCAGACGAGAUCUUGGAAAAGCUUGUAAAACAAUACGUUCAGGAAUAUUUGGCAAACAAAAAGUUUAUAAUGCAAAGUAAGGAGGCAAUCACACUGUACAUUUUAUCUUUCCUUAAGGAUCCAGUAUUUUCUAGACUUCAGCAUCCAGAAAAUAUUCCGGAAUUUUUCAAGAAACCACUACAAGCGUUAAAAGACAAGAAAUAUGAUGAUAUAAUUCCGCUGUGCACGGAAGUCAUUCAAAAACCCGAAUUCGAUACCUUACCUUCAUCAUCUAAACUAGAGGUGCUAUUGUUACGAGCUACAUUUUAUAUGUUUUUGGGCAAGCAAGAUUCUGCAAUUCAAGAGUUUGAAAAAAUAUUGAGUAGCAAAGAUGCAUCCAAUGACAUGAAGACAAACGUCCUGAUAAAAAGAGGAGACUCAUACAUGGUGCUCGAGAAAGUGGAAAUGGCUUUCAAAGACUACGAAUCAGCCAUUGAUAUAAAUCCAACUUAUAGUGAUAUCUACUAUCAUAGAGGAGUGGCAUAUUGGUUAAUGUGCAGUUAUGCUGAAUCUAAGCACGAUUUUGACACAGCCGUUCUAUAUAAUCCAAAUUUUUGCAUGGCAAACAUACGAAGAUAUUGCCUUGAGUAUCAUUUGAUAAAAAAAGUAUGUGAUGUCGUCGCUACAGAAUGUGUAACUGUUGAAUUAGCUGACAAAGUUGCGAAAAAUCUUAAGAACUGUUUGGAAUCUUGCCGAAAUAUUACUGAACGUUCAUUUUGUUAUACAUCUUAUGCUGAGAUGUUAUCUGAAAGUCGGCAGUACAAAAAGGCUGAUACUUCUCUUAUUAAAGCAAUAAAGGAAGAUCCCGAGAGCGCAUUGAACCAUAUGCAAAGAGCCGUAUUGCAUUUGAAGUGGAAAGAUGAUGUUGAUAAAGCUGAGGAAUAUCUGAACAAAGCGUUAGAUUUGGAUGAGAGAUGCGACAAGGCACACGAAAUGCUAGGAUAUAUCGCAGUAAAAAGAGGAAAUCUAGAGGAAGCAAUAAAAUUAUUUGACAAGGCUUUAUCAUUAUGUCGUACAUCCAUGGAAUUGUCAAGUAUAUACAAUAUGAAAGAGCGUGCAAAAUUACAACUUAAAGUAAAGAAUCGAGGUAUCGACGUUAUUCCUCGUGGACAUAUUAGUUUUCGUGUUUUUUAAAUUUAAAAUGAGAUUUAAAAGUCGGUAAGAUCACCGUUACUAAAGUAUAAGAAAUAGUAUAAGAAACUAUAUUUAUCGAGUAAUACUAUUUUCUUCACAUAAAUUAAUUUUUUGUUUAAUAUAUUAUUGUUGCGCCUGAGAGGCUCCGCGUGCGUAGACAUUUCCACAUUCGCGUUGUAUUGUGCACUCUUAUACUCGUAAAAAAGAAUUUAAGCACAUUAACAUUGAAGAGUACGUUUAUUCAGAAUUAACUUGCAAUAAAGCCCAGCACAUUUGUACAGCUCGUCGACGGCUUGUCUUCAGUUCAAUAGUGUUCAUUUAACAACAAUAGUUCAUUAUACCGGCGAACAUUUCGUGACUUUUCUUUUCAAAAGUAUUUCAAAUUUAAAGGUCAAUUCUCAGCGAGAGCGUAACUAAUAAUAUAGAAAGAAUAUUAGAUUAAGAAGUUUAUAUACAUGUAAUUUAGGAUUGUUUUUACUUUAACUUUUAUAUAUAACUGCCAUUGUGGAUCUUUUGCAGUGGGAGAAAAAAUCUUGAUAAAAAUUCAAAUUUUCAAUUUUUU